CCUGGACACACGAGCACAACCUGCUACGCUCUGGCCAUUUCGACCUUCAUUCUUCCGUACGUCCGAGAAACGAAGCUGAUUGACCAAGAAGACUAGACCAAGUAGCUUGAAGUAUGAACGCCGACUCAGUGGCUUAUGCAUACCAUGUAACUGGCGCCGUCCAAGCGGCAGCAGCUUUCUUGAGCAUAUAUGACCACUUCCUCACGUUUGACCGCGAGGUCUCGCUCAUGUGGACGAAAAUCGAUGCGAGGGCUAUAAUGUACUUCGUCUAUAGAUAUCUAGGCGAGGCUCUCCUUGGAGCCAAUCUUGCUGCCUCUGUCAGGUCGUUAGGAUUGCUUCAUGUAAGCCCUUGGUACAUGUAUUUUCAAACGUGGGCAUCCGCAUUGAUCAUCUGGGUUGUGCAAGCGCGUGUACAAUGGGUUGCACUUGCGUUCAAUAACUCCGAUCGCAAAUUCAUCGCAGGGCUUGUUUUUCUAUUUUUCCUGGAGAUACUAGCGACAUCGAUUCAAUUGGGUUUGUUCUCGACGUCAGGGGCCGUCUCGAUCUCGACAAUGCCUCCCUUCUGUGCUGCAUCACAGAGCAAACAAUACUUUUUUGCUUUCACUAUCCCAAUAGUCACAUUCAAUGUCUUCCUGUUGGCAGUGGCUCUAUGGGCAAUAUUAGGAUACUACAGGCAAGUGCAUAGGGUGCUGAAAGAAAGUGCUGAGUGGGGAAUCAGUCCUACUAUCAAGGUUUCUUCACGGGAGUUGAUCGUCUAUUUUAUCCUCACUACCAUACUGUGGAGUAUAGCAGGAUGGAUCUGGAUAGACAAAGAUGUCUCCCUACAACAGGUGCCACAGAGCGUUUGCCUUGCGACCAUGAUCAUUAUUGGGGGUCGCUUCGCCCUCAAUAUACGAGAAGCUACCACCUAUCAGCCAGAGUCCCCCACCGACACUCUUCCCUCAAUGAGCCCUAUCUUCCGCCCACAACAUUCAGAACUCUCCACAGUCAGUAAUACAGGAGAGUUUGAGAUGGAUACAUUCACACCGGAGCAUCAUGUUCCAAGCAGAACUUAG